AUGGAUGAUGAUCUCAGCAUAAGUGCGGACGCAACACAGACAAAUGAUGGGGGCUAUCUGUUGAACGUCGAUGAUGGUGAGGACGCACCGGGUAGAGAAAAAAUGCACACCUUCAAAUCUUGUGGCGAAAGUCAAAGUGGAAGCCCAAGGGAAAGGAACAAAAAGAGGAAAAAAAAAAAAAAAAAAGAACAGUUCAAAAGGGAUAAUAACUUAGCAGCGUUCGAUUACAGAAAAUAUUACGAACGAGUCAACAAGUGGAAUGAAAAAAGACGGGCAUACACAAAGACGGAAAAUUAUGGGGCGGAAAAAAAGGCAACCAGCAAAGUGUGGAAGGCGAAGGAGAGCGAAAAGGAAGGGAAAAAAUGCGCAAAGAGGAAGUAUCAAAUUUCGCAGUGCCUGUCAAUCCAUCAGCGGAAAAACAAAGCAAAUGGGAGUAAUGAGAAGGAUCGGUGUGGGCCCAAGAGAGGGGGGGAUCCGCUCUCGAAAUGGGCCAAAGAGGCCCGAAGCAGCGUCAAAAUAGUCAACACCUGCAGCAACUGCGGUAGUGGCAACUGUGGGGGGAGCAACAACCAGGCCGGUAGAGAAGAGAAAAUUUCCUCCCCAUGUGGGAGAAACGUCAAUCAGGAAGUGAAUCAAUUGGGCCUAGUGAGUCAAGUCGACGAAGAGCCUGGAAGAAAAGAAAAAGAGGAAGCCCAGACGAACGAAUGGUCAAAUGAAAAAAGUGAGCAUUACAACCAUACGCGUGACCCCCUAAUGGUGAAUCACGAGGAGCAGUCCCUCUCCCCCUUCAUAUGUCUCAGUGAAUGCAAAAGGCAUAAGCAGGAUCAAGUGGAAAAAACAAGUGAUAUGCAUAAUAACGCAAGUUCCAAUGAAACGAUAGUGGAAAAUGAGGAAAAGAUGGCCUACUCCAAUAAGACCAUAGCGGACAGCUUCGACGACGUGGUCACUUUGAGUCUGCGCGCUUCGAAUGGGGCAACCUUCGAUGAUUCCCAGUUCAGCGGCGAUCAUUUCGGGGGAGACCACACCAAUGGGGACUACCUCAACGAGGACUACCACAACGGCGGCUACCACAACUUCCUCCGCAACCGCACGAUCCUUAUGAAACCGAAUGAGCCCAACAGCCAGACGUUCGUUCCCCCCUUGGAAAAACCGAACGGAUUACUGAUCUGUAGACAGAGAGAAAAGGACAUGGUGAAACAAGGGACAAAGCGAACGGUAAAGGGAACGCCCAAAACAAGCAUAUAUAAUGAGAGGAUUCAAUUUGACGUAAGUGAUCCCACCAGGAUCUCUCAUGAGGAGGAUAUACUGAUUCACACUCUAAAAAUGCAUGACCCAUUUUGCACUCAUAAUGGAGGAAACAACUCGAUCCAUUCGACCGGUUGCCAAAACACCUUCGCUAGUUAUUACGAGCCGAAUGGAGCCACCUAUGAAGGGAUCUACAAAGGCAUCUAUAAAGGCAACUACGGAGGAAGAUACGGAGGCAACUACGGAAGCAGCUGCGAUCCACUGCCCACUCGCUUCCCGCAUCGCUACUACAAGUGGCCCCCCCUGAGCAUCAAAAACCCCUUCGCCUUCAUCUAUAAAAGUGCCAAAUUUUUUGGUCACGUUCAAGAGGCAUGCAAAAAAAGGACAACCCGAGAAGCACAGCCACACAGCAGCAGCACCACCACCACCACGACAAUAAAUGUGUAUGCAAAGAGGAAAAAAAUAUACACAAAGGAGCAACACAUAGACGAGGAAGCCAUACGCAAAUUGGCUGUCUCCAAGGAAGACCCUCUCUUCAAUUUUGAGAUGGAUAAUUUUAACUCCUCGGAAAAAUCCUCACUACCGAUUUGGGAAGGCUCUAGAAGCAAAGUCCAGGGCACUUUUCAAAGAUGCAGCUGGAGAGACAACAAAAUGAGGAGCGACUUCACCAAGCAGUUGGGAGUAACGCCCCCCCAAGAGAAGCUCCUCAAAAGGGUAACUAGCGUGGAAGAAUUACACACAUGCGACACCAAUGAGGAAGGAAUAAGGAAGGAGAGAAAAAUGCCCAUUAUCAGUAUGGUAGAAAGUGCGCCUGAGGCUGACGAAGGAGUGAACCUCCCGAGGAGACACACAACCGUUGAAGAGGAAGAGGAAGGGGAAGAGGAAAAGGAAGAGAAACCCAUGAACAAACACAAACGACUAAUCGGCGUAGGGAAAAAAGACACGGAUAGAAACUUCGAUAUUUUUCUAUCCCUCUUCAUGAAGCACGAAAAAAAAGAAGCAUUCCUCUUCUGCCUAAUAUGCGACGAAGAGCUGACGGAAAAUUCGAUUUUUUUUCAAAAUUGCAUCAAGCCAAUGUUAGACGAAUAUAGAAGAUCCAAAUUGGAGAAAGUGAAGAAAGUGAAGAAAGAGAAGGAUAUCUCCCCCGAUGCAUCCCUCAGCGACAUACCUAUAAACAAAAUAAUCCUAGAAAUUAUGAUCCCAUCAAUAAAGAAAAAGUACCUCAAGUAUGUGAGUGGGUUGUACGAUAAGAAGGAAUCCACUGCUAAUAACGACAUUAACGGCUCAGAUGAGCUACAAAAGGAGGUACUCGAAAUUAACCAGAAAAUGCAAAACUUGAACAUCAAAUCUCUAGAUAAACAUAGCACCGAAGUAGACAUAAAGGAAGCUAGUCGUUAUGAAAAAAAAAUAAAAUUAAUUGAAAAACCAAAAUGGAGCAAUGAACAAAAUUUAAAAAAACUCCUACUGAAACAACAAAAUUAUAACCCCUUUACUAUAUUUGGGACGAGCAUUAAGGAGGUACACCUAGAAGAAGUCUUCACCCUCGACGUAUACAAUAACUACGUAACCAAUGAAGACAGAUUUAGAAAUAAAAUUCUGUACGAUUUGUACGUAGGAAAGUAUAUACAGAAUUUAUACCACAAAAUUGACUACCAGGAAUGGACCUUUGUUCUUGACUCUCUAAAAAAACAAUGGAAAUAUUUUACCAACCUAGAAUGUAAUAUGUUCCUAGAUCCACUCCUAUUGGAAGAAAUUCUAUGGUACAUUGAUGAGAACAAAAUGUAUAAGGACAAAAGUGAAGAAAUGUACACUUAUGAAUACUGCUUCUGUCCUACUCCCGAUCCUGCCAAGGAGAUGAAUCUGAAUGACGUAAAACACUUUGCCACAUCAAUGGCAGAAAGGUACACGUUUCACCAGGAUGUAAAGUAUAAGAAGUUGUCCCUAAAUGAGGAACGGUUCUCCCCGCAUAAGACGCUUAUUUUAAAAUAUGACGAUGUUAGUGUGGAACAAGACGUUUUAACUUAUCCAGGAAAGCAGAAGGAGAAACUGACAAAGGAGGCCCUCCUUUUUAAUGUACCUAGACCAUCUAGCACAUUCUACUACGACUCGGACUUCUUUGAAAAUAAAGUAAAAAAACACAUGUUCAGGAAGAAAGUGAAACACUGCAAGGGGAACUUGGACGUGAAUUCUCCAUCCAGCAAAGAGGAGGAACCCUUUACAAUAAAAUAUAAGUCCAAAAAAUGGACCUCUCAAAAAUUUUUCGACAACUUUUUUUCUAAUUAUUACUUGUACAAUUUUGACAGGAUGGACAGCUUGCCGGAGUACAUACCUAUUUUAAUGCCUGAACGUUCAGGCCGAGACACCAACUUUAUACACUUCUCCGAGCCAUACCACAAAAUCGCGAAGCAUGAUCGGCUUGGGGAUCCCGAGUUGAAGAGAGUCCUCGCACAGAAUAUAUACGACAACGUAAAAAACAGCAUCACCUAUUUGGAAGAGACUCAGUAUAACCCUUGCGAGUGCAAUAACUGCCGAAGCGACAUAGCAGACGCGCCACUGGAAGACACAAAACUACGCAAGAGCGUCUUAAUCCCCAAACUAGGUUACAAAGAAGAAAGUCCAAAGGCAUGCGUUGAAGACACAGAAAUCACCCCGAAUAGCCUACAGCCUAUAAGCGCAAUCGAAGGCGAAACUUCUCUCCAUCCCAAAACGUACAAUAUAUUGAAGAACCAGAAGGAUAGUUUAGAAAUUCAUCAUAGCAUUCCUCCUCUUAAGUGUGAAAGCUUCUCCGAGUUUACCCCCCGUAGUAGUCGUCCCCACCAGAAAAGUCAACAUCUACCGAAAGAAGAAGACAAAAUGAACAACCACAGAUAUGGAGAGUAUUCCCCAAUGAACGGAUUUGGAUACACCCACCACAACGACAUGAAUGCAAAUGGGUUCUGCACAAACACGUAUAAUAGAGAUCUUGCAAAUUUAACCAUGCAGCAACAUAAUAUGCAUGGAAGGAACAACCUCAUGUUCGAAGAUGGUAACAUUCCAUAUGGUCUCUAUGGACAGUCUAACUACACAGGAACAAAUUCUCUCAUGUGUGGAGGUAGUGCCCCUUUGAAUGAUCCCAAAAUGAUGUAUAGAAGGAACCACGAAACGAAGGAGCCGUUUUAUAAUCCCUACCCGAUGGGCAGUGGAAUGGGUUACAACAUGCCCUUCCUGCCCCCACAGGCAUACUACCCAGGCAUGAAACGGAAUUUAGCGAAAGAUGGAUACACGCACGGGUGUCAUUACAUGAACAAUGCGAGUAACAAUGGUGCAAUAUCCAAAUAUCCUUCAGAAAGCGUCGCGGAUAAUUGUCCCAAAAAAGAAUCGUACAGGAAAAACCAGUCCAAGGUGAAGAAGGGCGAUAUAGACAUCAACAUAGAAACGUCUUCCUCCACUCGAAAGGGGGUCAUAAUAGAUUUGAACAUCGGCGUGGGGAAUUAG